AUUUUCUUUGGUUGGGUAGUAGGCCUUGACCAAUAGAUGCACAGCACUGUAGGAGGCGUGGCCAAUCAGCGGCCAGGAGCUCCCGGCCGCCUUCCGAGAGGCUCCAGCUGCUGAGGGCGAGCUGCGCGGCCGAGGUUUUGGAAUGAACAGGAUUCGGAUCCACGUCUUGCCGACGAAUCGGGGGAGGAUCACCCCAGUGCCCAGGACUCAGGAGCCCCUUGCUUGUUCGUUCACUCAUCGCACAUGCUCCCAACCCCGGCUGGAGGGCCAGGAGUUUUGCAUUAAGCAUAUCCUUGAAGACAAGAAUGCGCCCUUCAAGCAGUGUAGUUAUGUCUCGACGAAGAAUGGAAAAAGAUGUCCCAGUGCCGCCCCAAAGCCCGAGAAGAAAGAUGGGGUGUCCUUCUGUGCUGAACAUGCCCGUAGGAAUGCCCUAGCUCUUCAUGCUCAAAUGAAGAAGAACAACCCAGGGCUUAUGGGUGAAACACUCUUGUGCCAGUUGAGUUCCUAUGCUAAGACAGAGCUGGGCUCUCAAACUCCAGAAAGUAGUCGCAGUGAAGCCAGCCGAAUACUGGAUGAAGACAGCUGGAGUGAUGGGGACCAGGAACCCAUUACUGUGGAUCAGACAUGGAGAGGUGACCCUGACAGUGAAGCUGAUAGCAUAGACAGUGAUCAAGAAGAUCCCCUAAAGCAUGCUGGUGUCUACACAGCUGAAGAAGUAGCUCUUAUUAUGCGUGAGAAGCUAAUUCGUUUGCAGUCUUUGUACAUUGAUCAGUUUAAGAGACUACAGCACCUGCUCAAGGAGAAGAAGCGCCGUUACUUACAUAAUCGAAGAGUGGAACAUGAAGCGCUAGGUAGUAGUCUCCUGACUGGCCCAGAGGGUCUUUUGGCCAAAGAAAGAGAGAACUUAAAGCGACUAAAAUGUCUUCGGCGAUACCGCCAGCGCUAUGGAGUAGAAGCAUUAUUACACAGGCAGCUGAAGGAGCGGAGAAUGCUGGCCACAGAUGGUGCCGCCCAACAGGCCCAUACCACUCGUUCCAGUCAGAGGUGCUUAGCUUUUGUGGAUGAUGUACGUUGUUCCAAUCAGUCUCUUCCAAUGACCAGACACUGCCUUACCCAUAUUUGUCAGGAUACGAAUCAGGUUCUCUUCAAAUGCUGCCAGGGAUCUGAAGAGGUACCCUGCAACAAACCAGUUCCUGUAAGCCUCUCUGAGGAUCCCUGCUGUCCCCUGCAUUUCCAGUUGCCUCCUCAGAUGUAUAAGCCCGAGCAGGUACUGUCUGUGCCAGACGAUCUGGAAGCCGGCCCCAUGGAUCUGUACUUGAGUGCUGCCGAGCUUCAGCCCACUGAGAGUUUACCACUGGAGUUCAGUGAUGAUUUGGAUGUUGUGGGUGAUGGUAUGCAGUGUCCUCCAUCACCCUUGCUUUUUGAUCCUUCACUAACCCUGGAAGAUCAUACAGUCAAAGAAAUUGCUGAAGGCUCAGGCCAGUUGCAGAUGGCUGGAGAUGGUUCCAGAUCCCAGGGACCUCGAAAUUCAGAGAAAGCCUGUGGCCCAUUCUCUCAAAGUGGAUGGGCUACUGCAAAUGGGAAACCAGAGCCCACAUCUGUCAGUUGACAGUUCCUUCUGGGAACUGUUUGACUUUGGUGGAUUUAAACUUCCAGUACUUCAAACAAGUAUAAUCUGAUCAUUUCUCACUAAGCAGGGACAACCCACCACCCAGAUCACGUUGUUUUUCUACUGGGUUAUAGAGUGCUAUUGACAAACAUAAAACUAAAUUUACAUGGAAUGGACUUUUAGUGUCCAAAAGUUAUGGGAUUCUUUACGAGAUAGAGUGAGGUAAUCCCUGCCUCUGGGAUUGCAUGAAUAUUUGAGACUAUGCCUGGGAAAGAGACAUCUUUGUAACGGAAUUUCCUAAGUCACGGGCAGAAAUCCACAUAGAUGAUUAGGUGGAGACUGUUUAAGAAUGGUGCUCUUGAGAUGUUGGUUGCCCCAGUGUCUGUUAUCUAUAUAUAAAGGCUUGCAUUUUAGCCUCUCCCUAGUGCCAUGUAAUUGGGCAAUCUCGACCCCUUUUCCUAGAGAACUAUGACUGAGAAAAGCUCACAGGUCUGGGCUCUCCUUAACCAUCCAUCUUGCUUUUAACUUAUGUAAAUUUCUGUGGUGGCUGUCUUAUGUAAAAUAUAGUAAAAUUAUUGUAUAUAGUUUCUAUUAAAUGUUAAAAUGUUAUAAAAAUGUAGUCUGAA